CACACUUUCCCUUAGCUGUGCUUUUGUGUUUUGUCAGAAUUAAUGAGAAAAGUUCCCUUGCCCUAGGGGUAAUUAGUGUCCUUGGAGUUAAAUAAGCUAAUACUUAGACACCUCUCUGGCACAAGCAAUUAUGUUUGUGUAUUGAAUAAUUGAUUCAAAGAGGGGGGAAGGGCUGCUAAUCAGAUCUAAGCAUAAUGAAUUGAUUUAAUUAACAGGGGAAUCCGAGGGUCUCUGGGAACUGUGCGCAUUUAUUCAGUAGCAGGAGCGAGUGCAGCACAUAAAUUGGGAGAGAAAGACAGUGUGAGUAUGCUUUUAGCAGUUGUCAAGUCUGGAAUUGGAUUUCUUGAAUAUAGUUACAGUUUCGGAGCAAAUGAGAACGGGAAGAGAAUUUUACAGCGCGGAGAGCUCUGUCGUCUAGUCUAAGCUUUUGAUCCGAGUACAGUUACACAUUCAGUAGAUGUUAUUGCUUUUCAUUCCUUCUUGUUUUCGUAUGGAAAUUACGAAGACCAACCAACAUUGUUUUACCGGUGUAAAUUGCAGUUGCAGUUUAGUCCGGAGAGGCAAUUUUCUAUGUUUAGCGAAAGCAAACUGAGCACGGGCACCGCUCUUUCUUUCAUCGAGAAAUUAUCAGUAGAAUAACAUUCAACCCUGCGUACAUUUUACAAAGAUUUCCGUUACUAAACCAGAUACAAGCCAAGCGUUCUUGCAAUUUAGGUUUGUUAAACGCAUAAGGAAGAUUCAGUCGCUUUUUCAAAGCCCAUUUCCAGGAGAAGCCUUGAGCACACCGACAGUUGAAGCCUGCUGGAGCCGAGAACGGAUCGCCUGGAGCCGGACUCCUCGUUCCUCAGGACGAUGGUGUUGGACAAGGAAGAGGGUGUGCCGAUGCUCUCCGUCCAGCCCAAAGGGAAACAGAAGGGGUGCGCUGGCUGCAAUCGCAAGAUUAAAGACCGCUACCUGCUCAAGGCCCUGGACAAAUACUGGCACGAGGACUGUCUGAAAUGUGCAUGCUGUGACUGUCGCCUUGGGGAAGUGGGCUCCACCCUCUACACGAAAGCCAACCUCAUCCUCUGUCGCAGGGACUACCUGAGGCUCUUUGGUACCACGGGGAACUGCGCUGCAUGCAGUAAACUGAUCCCAGCCUUUGAAAUGGUGAUGAGAGCCAGAGAUAAUGUUUACCAUUUGGACUGUUUUGCCUGUCAGCUUUGUAACCAGAGGUUUUGUGUGGGGGACAAGUUUUUCCUAAAGAACAACAUGAUUCUUUGUCAGAUGGACUAUGAGGAAGGCCAGCUAAACGGCAGCUUUGAGACGCAGGUUCAAUAGCCAGGCCCGGUGGCAGCAACCAGGACCAUCGGCCCACCGCACUUACACACGAUGCGAUGGAUGUUCUGCUGCACUUGGAAAGAGGAGCGUCUGUCUGCUUGCCUGCAAUACUUUUUAAAUACCCCUUUAUCAGUCCCUAAGGACUCUAUUGUAAAUGUACUACUUUUUGCCCCUCCCCACCCCAACACUGAGCAGUUACAAGUUUUGAUGUACAGUUGUGCCUGCUUAGCUGAGCACUGUAUUGCUUGUAUGUUUUUGUGAUGUUUGUUUUGGGUUUGUUUCUUCUUUUCCCCUUUCGGGAACGGUUCCUUGGAGGGUAUGUACAGUCUGUUUUCUCUGUAUAUAUAAACUGGAACAUUUAUUUUAUGAAAUGUAAUGAAAUUUUAUUACUAGUGUGAAUUAAAGAUUCUUAAAUGUU